AUGGGGAUUAAAUCUUUGAGUGGCAACAAGAAAAAAGCGCUGAAAAGUCGGAAGUCAGAGAGAUGGCAUCGAGCACUAAAAGCAGAGAAGAAGAAGAUCUUGCCUGUGGAAAGUGUGGAGAUUGAAAAUAUUCACUUGUUUAGUAAAGAGAAGCUAAAGAACAAACUGAGGAAUCCCAAGAAUAAUAUUAAGAUAAGUGGCAAGAAGUUUAGAAGACUUACAAAGAGGCUCGGUCAUAAUGUGAGGGAAAAAUCACAGAUGGAUGUGGAAGUUAUCAACACAGCAAGACCUGAAGCCAAAGAUGCAGUCAUGAUUGAAGCUAAUGCUGAAUUACCAGCAGCAGCAGCGCCAUCUUCCCUUCCAACAACAGCAGGAAGAAAGAAGAGGAGAGGAGGCAAGAAACAUAAGAAGGGUUCCACGAGUGCAGCAAGCGGUGGUGGACAAGUGUUUGAGAAUAAUGAUGGAUGGACCGAUGUGGAGAUGAAAGAUGAUUAA